UGGGAGUCGAAAGGGAGAAAAGAUGGGCAUAUACUGAUAGCUGUAAUUACUGGGUCUACAACUCAGCGUGUCAAGUAUGUUGCUACAAUGUAAUCAUUCACUACUAGCAACUUGUGUUUUGAUUGCGUUUGGCUAAUGAGACCAUGCAAACAGUUGGCCAUGCACAGCUGCUCCAGGUCAUGGUUUUCCCGACUAUCACAGACUAUCCCCCUUUUCUGCCCAUCCUUGCAACUAGCCUUGACCCCAGUUUGCUGCUUAAUCUAAAACCGAACCCCAUCUCCAAACAUUCCGCGCAUUUUCGUCUCGAUGACAUGGCUGGAGUGGCUUCAUCAGGAAUCUUUGAAAGCCAAGGCCUGCAUCAGAGUCUGGUGCAAGAGCAUAACCGCCAUGAUCCCAGCAAUCGUGGGUAAGUCGUGUUCAGCGUGUUGAUCAACCCCGAACUCAAUUUGCUGCUAACAUCGGACGCCGUCAAGACCAGUAAUUCGUUUUGUCAAGCCAUUG